AUGUUUCCAACAGCUCUGCAGGAUGGAAACCCUGAAGUCACCAAUGCUCAGAAUCUUUACUAUGGAGUCAUUGGAGGAGAUUUUAAAGCUGGAUUCUCCUUUAAGUCUCCAGGAACAUGGAAGAUGUUCUGCAGAGAAGAAUGUGAAGGAGAAAACAUUCUUAUUAAUACAACUGAUGUCAGAGCUCAAACAGGCAGAUACAGCAUUGAAUAUUACUUUGAUUAUGAUGCCCGUUAUUAUGUUUUAUCUGUGAGCAUCUCAAAGCUGACUGAGUCUGACUCGGGACAGUACAGCUGUGGUUUGGGUGGAUCUUCAUCAUCAGCUUCAUUCACACCGUUUGGAAUCUUUGUUGCUGAAGCACUGCUGGAUGGAAACGAUGAUCCUGCUCAGCUGAAACACUUCAAUAAAGAAACUGGAAGCUCUCUCAGAGUCGGAUGUUCUUUUAAAGACUCUGGAUACACAAAAAUAUUCUGCAGGGGAAAAUGUGAAGGAGACAACACUCUUGUUCAUACAGAGCAUGAUAGAGCUCAGAGAGACAGAUACAACAUUGGAUAUGAUUCAGGAGUUCUGUAUGUGAGCAUCACACAGCUGACCAAGUCUGACUCAGGACGCUACAGAUGUUACCUGAGUGGAUCUUCCAGCAGUUCAUUCAGAGAGUUUGAGGUCACUGUCACAGAUGCAGCUGGACCAUCAGCCACAACUACAGGAAGCUCCACACCUUCAUUAACUUUGACUGGAAGCACUGAGCAGCCUGAAAGAGCAGCAUCUACAGAUGUGCUGCUGGUUGUGGGUCUGACUCUUGCUCUCAUCAUCAUCCUGUUAUCAGUGUCUGUGCUGAUAUUCUGCAAGAAAAGAUCCUCUAAACCAAAAGAUCCUCCUGUGGAAACCGAGCAGGCUGCUGUCACAGAGGAGGAAGACGACUCGAGCAAACUCACCUACUCUGAGGUGAAUUUUUCCAAGAGGACUUUUGGCUCUCCCAACGGCGCCUCCAGUGGUAACACCAGUGAAGUGAUCUACUCUGCGCCUCGGGUCCAUAGCAGCAACUUGUUCUUCAUCCAGAGUGAGCACGCCAGCCUUUUCUGGCUGAGGAGCGGGGACUUGGACUCAGAGGUGCUUAGUCUCAUCCCAGCUGCUUCACUCUUGGCUACAAACUGCCCUGAAGUGUGA